UCUCGUGCGCAAAAGUCGUCUAGCAGCAGGAGAAGUGUUUUAGAGACGAUCGUGUGUUAUUUCAGUGAAAUUUUUGCAAGCAAACAAAACAAAAAAUAAAUACAAAAUUUUGCACGAAAGAAAAAAAUAUCAUCAAAAAUUUAUAAAGUGAAGUGAAAGAAAAAACACUGUUACCAACGAACGGAUAACCAAAAAUGCAAACGGCUGAAGUAUCACCGGAUAUUAUGGAUAACAAAUACAAUUCCGCGCGCUUAUCACCAGCCUCAUCAAGCCGCAUUCUGUAUCAUGUGCCGUGUAAAGUUUGUCGCGAUCACAGCUCUGGUAAACAUUACGGCAUUUACGCCUGCGACGGCUGUGCUGGAUUCUUCAAGCGGUCCAUUCGCCGCUCGCGCCAAUAUGUUUGCAAAUCUCAGAAGCAAGGCCUUUGUAUGGUCGACAAAACGCAUCGGAAUCAAUGUCGUGCAUGCCGCCUGCGCAAAUGCUUCGAGGUGGGCAUGAACAAGGACGCCGUCCAACAUGAGCGCGGACCACGCAACUCUACAUUGCGCCGGCAAAUGGCCUUGUACAAGGAGGCAGUAUUGGGUUCGAGCGAUGUACCACCAGAACUCUUAAUGAACCAUAGCUUGUUUAGUGGCUUUCCAGUGCCGCCCAUGCUGAUACCGGGCAUGCAGGCGCCACAACACCCACACCCACAUGCUCAUCCGCAUCCACACCCGAAUCCGCAUCCACAUCCACAUGCGGGUCUAGCCAACCCCUUCCAACCGCCGGUAGUUUUGGAUUUAUCUGUUUCACGUGUGCCCCAUCACGCCAUGCAUCAAAGCCCAUUCGCUUUCUUCGGCCCGAAUGCCGCAUUCAUAAAUACACGCGCUUUGCCGCCCACACCACCACUCAUGGCAGCGGAACACCUGAAGGAGACAGCAGCUGAACAUCUCUUUAAGAACGUCAAUUGGAUUAAGAGUGUACAGGCUUUCCAACAAUUGCCGAUGUCCGAUCAAUUGCAGCUGUUGGAGGAAUCUUGGAAGGAAUUUUUCAUACUAGCAAUGGCCCAGCACCUCUUGCCAAUCAACUUCCAACAGUUGUUGUUCGUCUACGAGUCGGAGAAUAUGAAUCGCGAAGUGGUGAAUAUGGUGAAAGGUGAAGUGCACGUCUUCCAAGAAGUGCUGACCCAAAUGUGUCGUCUCAACAUCGAUGGCAAUGAAUUUGAGUGCUUGCGUGCAAUUACCCUCUUCCGCAAGCCGAAUUCAAAUGAGGAUGUAGCAAAUAACUCCUUUGGCACAGGUGCCAGUGGUAGUCCAAAUUCGAGUUCAUCUGGGGAAUCGCGCGGCCUCGUCGAGGCUUACAAGGUGGCAAGUUUGUACGAGGAGGCGCGCAAUACGCUCCAAGCCUACGAGUUGCGUACACAUCCAACACAACCGAUGCGUUUUCAAUCGUUGGUCGGUGUAUUGCCGCUCAUCAGCAAGGUGUCGGGAUUCACUAUCGAGGAGUUGUUCUUCCGAAAAACAAUCGGCGACGUGAACAUCGUACGGCUAAUCUCCGAUAUGUACAGUCAGCGCAAGAUUUAAAAUCCGGGGCGCUGCUAUAUAUAUUCUGCUGGGAUCUAUCGCAAUAAUACAACCGCAAUGCGUUGUUAGGGGAAUGCGCGCGGGAUCGCUUAAUAGGAAUUAUUGCCUUAACGGGCGCUCGUUUAGAAAAAGUGCUUUCGCACUCAAAGUGCCUUGCCAUGUAAAAAGUGCUGGAAACUGUGAUAUGCUUUCGUACUUGAGAGGCGAAAGCUCAUGUCUGCUUAAAAAUAAUUGUAAUUGUACUAGCAAUCGCUUCAAAAAGAAGCAUGAAAAGAAAUUUAAUCAAAUUAACGCAUUAACAGUGCAUUCGAAUAUUAUUUCAAUUUACAUACAUACAUUGGAGAGGAAUUCGUUUCUCGCCCGAAAUAAGGGCAUCCAAAUUGAUUAUCACAAAAUUAGUAAUGUGAAAAGUGAAUUUUUUAUAUUUUGUGUUUAAAAGUAUUUAUGUAUUUUUGUAAAACCUAUUAAUU